AUUCACACCCAUAAAUAAUGUAAAACAAAUAAAACAUACCACACCAUAUCUUAAACAAGAUAUUCACAAAAAACAAACACCCCUUUAAUUAAAAAAACGGACAUUACAUGCUCAGUGAUAGUACUCACUGUCUGGCGGGAUUGGACGAGAGAUCUCUAAUGAAGAAGGUAGAUUCUCUGUGCUGCCUGCUGCAGGAUCCUGCCAUAUCUUCCAGUGCUCUUGUUGAUGGCGAAAACCGUAACCAAGUUGCUGAUCCUGCAAAAAAUAUCUACUUUGACCUUGCAAAUGAUGCUGUUAAUUCUACACAUGAGAAGACCGAGCAAGCUAUGGAAGUAGAUUCUGCAGACGGGCCUUGGCCUGGGCAUGGUCUACCUAGAAAAGACUCGCUUAGCGACUUGCUUCUUCAUCUUCCGCGUAUUGCUUCUCUUCCAAGGUUCUCUAACUUGUUAUACGGAAUUGCAGAAGGUGAAGAAUAUCAAUCUCCGUGACGAUUCUUCACUUAUUUGGUUUCUGUAAUGGGAAAUCUUGGUUAAGGUUUAUUGCAAGGAUUCUGAAAUCAAGGUUCGUGAAGAAUCCCCCCUAUAUAUUAGCUCAA